AUGGAUAAACAAAAGCUGCCGCCAGUUUCCGUUCGUAGUUUUCGCACCGUCCUGGCACUGCUGCUGGUGGCCUGCGGCCCCCCGCAGGUCAGCUCCUCCCAGGCCGCCACCAUCGCGCUGCACAGCCUGGGCGAGCUCUCCCUCCCGUACAGGAGCAUCUUCUCCCCGCUGCUCAAGGCUCUGUCCGAGUACGGAGGGGCCAGGUGGAGCCCGGGGCUGAAGAAGAAGACGACGACCAAACCCCAGCACAAGUACGUCCAAUAUCUGACGGAGGUUUACAAGAAGCACCCCAGGGUGCAGCGGAGUGUUGAGGAAGACGAAAUGUACAACACCAUCCGGCUGAUCAACCCGCAGGAUGAAUGUCUGGCGCAGAGUAAUGAAGAGAGUUUCACACAGGAUCUGUCCUACAGUCUUGAGCAAGUUAGAGAGAAGGAGCAGCUUCUUAAGUCGGCCCUGCUUUACAGGUCUGAGCACAACUGUGCUGGGCCCGUCCACUCUGUGUGCAUCCUGAGCAUCAAGGAGCGUGAGCGGUCAGACCAGUGCAAGCUGUGUCCUGGGAUCCAGCGCACCGUCAACUUCACAGCCAGGACAGAAGGGAACCUCAGGAACUGGCUGGAGGUUGACAUCACCUCAUUUCUUGAGCCGCUGGUCAAGUUCCAGAGGAACAACAUACAUCUGCUGGUCAAUAUAUCCUGCUCAGAGGAACAGAGGUCGAGGAGCAGCGACUGCCGGGGCCCACUGGAGUUCACCCUGAGGUCCCCGCCGCUGAUUCUUUAUCUCAAUGACACAAGCAAAACUUCCCCAGAGAAGUCCAUGUUCAGUCACAGGGCAGGUCAAAGGCCAGCCGCUGCACCACACAGGUUUCAGAGGCAUGGUCACAGGAGGAGAUGGAGGAGAGAAUCUCCAAAGAGCAAAGGAGGUGAUAAAAGCCUGAACAUCUACCUGCCUGAGCUUCUGUCGAGCUCUGAAUUUCCAACAAGUGACUGUGCCUUGUAUGAUUUCAGGGUGCGAUUCAGUCAGCUAAAACUGGAUCACUGGAUCGUUUUCCCACCCAAGUACAAUCCCAGAUACUGCAGAGGCAUCUGCCCCCGAACCAUGGGCUUCAUCUAUGGCUCCCCCGUCCACACCAUGGUGCAAAACAUCAUCAACGAGAAGCUUGACUCCUCUGUGCCCAGACCCUCGUGUGUGCCGUCCCACUACAGCCCCCUCAGCGUCAUGAUCUCUGAAGAGGACGGCUCCCUUGUCUUCAAGGAGUUUAAGGACAUGGUUGCCACGAGGUGCACGUGUCGCUAA